UGCCUUCACCACUUCAGGAGUUGGGCGAGACACAUUCAGACCCACCGAUGCUCUGUUCGAGAGAUGUGUCUGAGUGCCUAUAGAGUUACAGUCUGAGUGGUCAAGGAAGGACCCUAGAGACUCUUGGGCGAUGAUUAGCAAAGGUCCUAGAGGUGACCAUUUCGUGGUCGAGGUUGAUAUAGGUGGCCGCAAAGUGGGCGCCUUCGCAGACAUAGGCUCUACACGGAAUUUCAUCAGUCUUGCUUGUGUGGACAGAUUGCGCUUAGGGGACCAAGUGCAGCGGUUGAGCAGAUCUGUAGCAUCUACGCUAGCCAACAAGCACAGCAUGGUAGUCCAAGACUAUGUCAAGGACGUAUUCUGCACCUUCUCCUAUGGACGAGGGGAACUGAGACACAAGAUCUCGUUCCUAGUUAGUUACGAACUGCCAUUCAAUAUGCUACUCGACAUGUACUACCUCGAGGUUGCUCAACCUCAAUUCGAUUGGGAUAGGAAGGUGAUGAUCCACAAGUUGCCCAAUGGAAGAACCAUUAGGCUGCAAAAGUUCAAAGCUAGCAGUCUAGUGGAGAACUAUGACAGCAUGUGUGCAUCCUCUUUCUGUAACUACUAUAAGCAAAAUCGUGAGGAGGGCAUGUACCUAGUCUUUGUCUCUAAGAAAGGGGAGGCCGUAAAAUCACCCCCUGAGAUAGAAGCAGUCGUUGCUCAGUAUUCAGACCUUUUUGAGGGGCCCAAUGGUGUGGUGGAAAGGGAGGUUGUCCAUGCAAUAGAAGUCGUCCCUGGUAGCAAAGUACCUAAAGGACAAAUUUAUAGGAUGUCUCCUGCGGAGUUGGAUGAGCUCCGCCGCCAGCUCAAAGAGCUCACAAAGAAGGGAUGGAUUCGGCCUAGUACCUCUCCUUAUGGUGCACCAGUUCUAUUCGUUCCUGAGAAGGGAGGUAAACGAAGGAUGUGCAUUGACUAUAGGGGCCUCAAUGCCAUCACCGUUAAGAACGCGGAGCCCCUACCCUGCAUCGACGACCUAUUGGAUAGAGUGCAGGGAUGUCAGUGCUUCACCAAGAUAGAUCUGAAGUCUGGAUACCAUCAAAUUGCCAUUAGACCUGAGGACCAGCACAAAACCGCUUUCCAAACCAGCUCAGGGGGUGAUAAUGACGAUGAUGAUGUUAAUGAUGAUUUCAAUGAUGAGGAUGAGGAUGACGAUAAUGGUGAUAUGAAUCGUUGGAAUCUGAAGACUGGGUAUGGCGAUAAUGAUGGCGAUAAUGAAUCGUUGGCAUCGUUGGAAUCACCUCAAAAUGGCAAUCGCAACUAUGAUGAUGAUGAUGAGGAGGAGGAUGAUGGGGAUAUUGGUGGUAUGAAUAGUUGGACUCUGAAGAUUGGGGAUCAUGGCGAUAAUGAGGGUGAUAAUGAAUCUUUGACAGCGUUGGAAUCACCUCAAAAUGGUGAUCGUGAUGAUGAUGAUGAUGAUGAUGAUGAUGAUGAUGAGGAUGGGGAUAAUGGUGAUAUGAGUCACUGGAAUCAGAACACUGGGGAUAAAGAAAGGGAAGACCAUAACACAGAUCUGGGCGGUACAGUCCAUUGGGAUAAGAAGAAGGAAAGUGAAGACAGGGAAAGGGGUUUCAAAGAUUCUGGCUACAUGAAAUGUAGUGAGCACGAGGGCAAAGAGAAGAGUGUGGAAAAAGCUCGUAGCCGGCGGGGGAGGAGAUGGGAUUGGAGAAUUCCUUGGUAUUUUAAAGACGCAUGUGGCUCUGGAAACCACGUUCAUUGUAGCAUCUGGGAAUCAGGGCAGAACGUGUUUGGCGGAUCUUUAGAUGAUCCAAGCACAAAAUGGGGUAUUUCAAAACGUGGCCAGCAGUUUGUUGCUGGAAUUCUUCACCAUCUUGCAGGUCUCAUGGCUGUGAUAGCCCCAAGCCCUAACAGUUUUGAACGCUUAAUUCCUGGGAACUUUAGCUGUGCGUUCCAUUGCUGGGGCAUCGAGCACCGUGACGCAACACUGAGGGUGGUGAGUCCAUUUUCGUCAGGCCCCGCUAUAGCAAACAAUUUUGAGCUCAGGGCGAUUGAUGGUUGUUCCAAUCCUUACCUUGCACUUGCUGUCAUGGUGGCUGCGGGGAUGGACGGCUUGCGACAGGGCAUGACCCUGCCUGAACCUGCCGGUAAGUUUGGAAUGUGCAAGGACUUGUGGAUGCCAUUUUCUGUGUGCCUGUUCUGUGAUGGAGAAAAGCCCAUAGCUGCAACGCUGCCCUGUAAUGCCUGCAGUGCCUAUUCUGUAAUGCAUAGUGAAUGUACACUGCAGAUUGAGUGAUUGAACUCUCUUUUAUGUACCACUUCGUACUUGCUGCAAGCUCUC